AUGGUUUUGUUACAAACGAGGACGGGAAUUUAUUUUUCGCUUUUACAUCUGGCAGCCCUAAUUUCGGCUGCAGGGCUGCGGGGCAGUGGGGUGUUGGGUGCGGUGCGCGGGGGUGCUGUGGUGGCGGGGGGACGGGUGUGCCGUCGGCAGCGUAACAAUGCGGCCGUAUCGAUCCGCCCUCACACCGUCUACGAUCGCAAGCACGCAAACCUUCGCUCCUUCCAUGAGACCCUAGUACUUCGAACUUUUGCUUUCUUCGUGCUCUGUGCGGUUUUGUCACUUUGA